GACGUCAGCCGGAGAGGUAGUUUCCAGACUGAGCUGUCAGACCGUGUAGCAGGUUAGGUAUUAAAGGCACAUCUAACAGCCCCGAGACCCCUCCUCUUGCGCGGCCUGCGCGCACACAAAGAAGCCCCAUCUCCUCGUCCAGCGAGGACCGCGCAGCAUCAGCAACUAGUGCUCGCGCCGGUCGAGCCUCGGAGACAAACGCCGCCGGGAGCGCGGCCAGGAGGGGAAGGGGGGAGUGGGAAGCAGCGCAAGAAAGAAAAUGAAACCGUCGAGGAAAAGUUUGAACCAAGACAAAUCUGCCAACAGUUCCACAAUGUCUGACAGUGACUUUGGGGAAGAUGAUGGGAGCAUUUCUCAGGACCCAUCCCAGCCGGGCAAGAGGAAACGAAGGGGCAAUCUCCCCAAAGAGUCUGUGAAGAUUCUGCGGGAAUGGCUGUAUGAACACCGGUUCAACGCGUACCCUUCUGAGCAAGAGAAACUCAGCCUUUCAGGGCAAACAAGCCUUUCUGUUCUGCAAAUCUGCAAUUGGUUCAUCAAUGCCAGGCGCAGACUUCUCCCCGAUAUGCUGCUAAAGGAUGGCAAAGACCCAAACCAGUUCACGAUUUCUCGCCGAGGCACCAAAGCCAGUGAUGUAGCACUUUCCCGUGGAGCUGCUGCAGGUUCUGGACUUUUGAUGGUGCCUCCUGCUGCUGCGGCCACUACGUCCAAGGUGCUCUCCAUGUCCGUGUGCCCCCCCGUGAUCUGCCAGACUGCUCGGCCUCUGGCUGGCAACUUGACUGUGAUGACCGGUGACCUGGAGAAACAGCCCAUGCUCCAGAGUGCCACAGGCAACACGCUGGCUCUUCUCACCCGGGCGGAUGCAGCCAGUCCCACCAGCGGACUCUUCAACACACCCCCUCCAACACCACCUGAGCUCUUUGGGGAGGACUUCAGCAGCUUCCAGUUGCUGGUAGAAGUGGCUCUGCAAAGGGCAGCUGAGCUUGACUCACAGAAGCUGAGUGGGCAACUGCCUCCAUCACCACAGAGAGAAUCUUCUGCUCCUUCCAGAAAAAACAAGUAGCUUCCUGCAGCCUCUGGCUUCCUGUUGGAGGCAGUCCUUUCUUUUUUCCAGGAUUUCUUUUCUGUUGGCCUUUGCAGUGAGAGCUCCCCUGUUAGAAGUUAAUGCUGUGAUACGGUUUCUUCUCAACCAGGAACCAUAAUGGUGGAAGCUUCCAUUGUUUUGGCUUUAUGCUGCCAGCUCACCUUGGAAACAAGGCACCCUCAACUUUAUCUAAACACACUCUUCCCUCAAAGGAGGGCACACUACAUCAUCCUUUGGAUUAGCAUCAUGCUAUGGAGCCAGUCAGCAUCUCUCUCAAGCUACCUGGAGGAGGUUGUCUGUUCAGGGAUUCCUGACUCCAGAGUGCUCUUGAAAGGGCCCAAAACUUGAACAUCUUCUGAGAAGAUGUAAUUGCUGGUUGAUGUUUUUAUGACACUUGACUCUUUUUUAAAAAAAAUGCUGUGGAGGAUUUAGGCAGUAGUUCUUACCUACUUCCCCUCCCACCAAAUUUUCAAAGCUCACUGACGUGGACUAGGAUAAGAAAGCAGUUCAAGGGAAUUUAUCAGAAACAAAUACUUUCUUUUUUCUUUUGGUAACUGAAGACAAGCAAAAAGUGAUUUCACCACCAUUGGCUUUCUUAUACAUAUUUUUAAUUUUUUUGGAGGGGGCAGGGAAAUGUCCCCCCCCUUUUUUUUAAGUUGUACCAUGUUGUAGCAUAUUGUUGAUCUGGUGUGAAUAAGUGGCUGGUCCUUGCAUCACACCUGAUGGGAGUCUCCCAUAAUGAACAAAUGAACUGGCAGCCUUUAAAAUACAUGGCAUUCUUCUUUCUGUUGGGCAGGAGGACCCAUGAGCAUCACCUUGUGAAUGCUGGUGCCAGUAAAAGAAACAAAAACGUAUGGUGCUGUUGGACGAUCUACUUCAGGUGCUGGCAAGAAUUUAGCUGGCUUUGUGAUGCAGUGCAUUCUUCUGCCUACUCUUUCUUACAUUUGUCCUGAUAAGUACAAUGACAGAAGAGAGAGAGGACUAUGCUGGCAGAAGGCUAGCCAUAAGCCGUGGAGAGGGCAUUUCAAGUAAGAAACUAAAAAAUUUCGACUGUGAAGUUGCUUUAAACAAUGCUUCCUCCUUUUUAAUUUUGGAUGUGAACCGUAUCUCUGUAACUUUGGAAAUUUUACAGCAUCUCUUACGGAUGUGCUGACAAAACUACCUAUGCGAACAAACGAGUGCAUUCUGAGUUGGGUAUGCUUGUAUCCUUGCUUUCAUCAUGCUGAAUGUAGUUGCUCCUUUGCUGAUGGAGCAAGGGUGCCCUCUCAUGGCCAAGAAGGGAAGUCAAGCAGAAUCAGGGCUUCCAUUCUACAUGCUAUUCUGAUAUCACUCCCAUGUGUGAUGUUCAUGUGUCCCAUAUAUCUGUAGUCUUGAUGGACCCAAUAAUAGUUUAUUAUUCAAAAUUAGAGAAAAGGGGUACACCUUGGAUUUAGGUGGAGGGAAACCAAGGCUUGUCUGUUGAUCAGUUAGAAUGCAGAUCUUUCAUUCCUCUUUUGUCCUGAGAUCAAGACCUCGCAGAAGAAUGGCGUACCCUGGAUGAUAGGAUCAUCCACCUCUUUUUGAAUAGUGCUGUUUCACUGUAAAUGUAAGUUAAAUAGUGAUCUAUUAUAUACACCUAUAUAUCUAUCUUGAGAAACACUAAUUUUAGAGGGUGUUAGCCUAAUUGUUAUGUUGCAUGAAUAGUAAAGAUAAAGCCCAGCAGAACACAACCUUUCUCAGAUAUCUUUGAGCCAGGCGUAGAAGCCGGUGGUUGAUUUCAUGGGAGAUUUUGGGAGGAGAGUAAAUGGUUUGUAGGAAAACUGGAACCCAAGUGGGAGGCCUUAAUUGCUUUUACCAAUGUUGAGAGUGCCUUCCCCCUCAACCUUCUCCCCCCCCCCCCAGGAAAGUGCAACUAAGAUGAGUGAAACCCACAAUUGCUGCUGGACACAGUCUUGUCCAUUCCCUUCUCUUUUUGGUGCUCUUUGACCAUUAGUCCCAUGUCACUGAUGGGAUGUAGUGAAUUGUGCCUAGAGAGCUGCCAUUUCAAUCCAAAGUCAUCUUUAAACUAACCCAAAGGUACUUUUUUCCCUCUGUUAAAAAGCCCACAGAGCUGCCUUGGAAAGACCUUAAGCUGUUCAUUUUUUUGCUAUUUUGUCUGAGGGCAUUCAUCAGUCAUGUGUCCAGUUCUCAUCCGUAUUGAAUUCUGGAUGGUGAACAUAUUGGUCCUUUUAUCUUUUUCAAACCAUUUAAAAGGAAACCACUCAAGGUUUUCUAGAAUGUGACGGCAAGAUUUCAUUUUGUUAUUCUGUUUGGAAUUGAGCAUUAUUUUAGUGUACUAUUGAAAUGGAAAUUCCUUGAACAGCUGUAUUCCAGGUCCCUCUUAAAUGUAUCUUCCGCUAGUAACUUACUUGACUUUAAUGGUACAUAACAUCACUGAUUUCCUUUAGAGUGGGACCAGUGUGAUUAAAUAAUACACAGGAUAUCUAAUGGGCUGUAGAAAGUGCCUAAGCAGAUCUGAAACUUUAGCAUAAAAGAAAAUGUAAAAAUCCAGUUCCUGCAAUGCACUGCUCUUGCUAUACUGCUGUACUUUGUCCUUAAUGAUGCAAAGAUAUUGUUUCAGGUGGGAUGGGAACUUUGCAAGAGAGAAAAUAUUCUUUUGCCUGAAGUUUAUGGAGCAGAACUACUGUAAAUAACUUUUGGAUUUUUUUUAAUCAAUAAAGUUUUUUUUAAAAAG